AUGAGGAGCCCGUGCCCACCGGUGAAGUGGCUCAUCCUCCGUGCGCGUCUGCUGUUGCUGCCUCUCGCGUUCUUCCUCGACACUUCUCGUGGGAUGCCACACGUUUUAAGAUUCGGAGGGAUCUUUGAGUCGAUAGAGAGCGGUCCACUGGACCGGGAGGAGCUUGCCUUUAAGUUCGCCCUGAACACCAUCAACAGAAACCGCACACUACUGCCUAACACCACGCUCACGUAUGACAUCCAGAGAAUCAAUGUCUUCGACAGCUUUGAAGCCUCCAGGAAAGCCUGUGAUCAACUCUCAUUGGGAGUGGCGGCCAUCUUUGGCCCCCACAGCUCCUCGGCCAAUGCGGUGCAGUCGAUCUGCAAUGCCCUGGGCGUGCCGCACAUCCAGACGCGCUGGAAGCACCAGGUGUCGGACAACCGGGACGCCUUCUACACCAGCCUCUACCCGGACUUCAGCUCCCUCAGCCGGGCCAUCCUGCACCUGGUCAACUUCUUCAAGUGGAGGAACUCACCAGUGGUGUACGACGACAGCACAGGACUGAUUCGGCUGCAGGAGCUGAUCAAGGCUCCGUCGCGCUACAACAUCCGUCUGAAGAUUCGUCAGCUGCCCGCCGAGACCAAGGACGCCAAGCCCUUGCUCAAGGAGAUGAAGAAGGCUAAGGAGUUCCAUGUCAUCUUCGACUGCGGACAUGAGAUGGCUGCUUGGAUUCUAAAACAGGCUCUCUCUAUGGGCAUGAUGACAGAGUACUAUCACUUCAUAUUUACCACACUGGAUCUGUUUGCGCUGGACAUGGAGCCGUACCGCUACAGCGGCGUGAACAUGACGGGCUUUAGGAUCCUGAACACGGAGAGCACGCAGGUCACCUCCAUCAUCGAGAAGUGGUCCAUGGAGAGACUGCAGGCGCCGCCCAAACCGGACUCCGGCCUGUUGGACGGCUUCAUGACGACGGACGCUGCCCUGAUGUAUGACGCGGUGCACGUGGUGGCGGUGGCGGUGCAGCAGACGCAGCAGAUGACCGUCAGCUCCCUGCAGUGCAACCGCCACAAGCCCUGGCGCUUCGGCGGCCGCUUCAUCGGCCUCAUCAAAGAGUCCCAGUGGGAUGGUCUUACUGGUCGGAUCCUCUUCAACAAAACCAACGGUCUCCGCACGGACUUUGACCUGGACGUCAUCAGUCUGAAGGAGGAGGGACUGGAAAAGAUCGGGACUUGGGAUCCUAUGAACGGCUUGAACAUGACUGAGAGCCACAAGGGCAAAGGCUCCAGUAACGUCACAGACUCGCUGGCCAACAGGUCCCUGAAGGUCAUCACCAUACUGGAGGAGCCGUACGUCAUGUUUAAGAAGUCGGACAAGCCGCUGUAUGGCAAUGACCGCUUCGAGGGCUACUGCAUUGACCUUCUGAGGGAGCUGUCGUCCAUCUUGGGCUUCCGCUACGAGAUCCGAUUGGUGGAGGACGGGAAGUAUGGGUCUCUGGAGGAGAGCAGUGGCCAAUGGAACGGCAUGGUCCGGGAGCUUAUAGAUCAUAAAGUGGACCUGGCCGUGGCCCCUCUGACCAUCAGCUACGUGAGGGAGAAGGUCAUCGACUUCUCCAAGCCCUUUAUGACCCUGGGGAUAAGUAUUCUCUACCGCAAGCCCAACGGCACCAACCCCGGCGUCUUCUCCUUCCUCAACCCACUCUCGCCCGACAUCUGGCUGUAUAUUCUGCUCGCUUGCUUGGGUGUCAGUUGCGUGCUGUUUGUCAUUGCCAGGUUCAGCCCAUAUGAGUGGUACAACCCACACCCUUGCAACCCAGACUCAGAUGUCGUGGAGAAUAACUUCACUCUGCUCAACAGCUUCUGGUUCGGAGUCGGAGCACUCAUGAGACAAGGUUCGGAGCUGAUGCCCAAGGCCUUGUCCACGCGUAUCGUGGGCGGGAUCUGGUGGUUCUUCACCCUGAUCAUCAUCUCGUCGUACACGGCCAACCUGGCCGCCUUCCUGACCGUGGAGCGCAUGGAGUCGCCCAUCGACUCGGCCGACGACCUCGCCAAGCAGACCAAGAUCCUCUACGGCCUGGUGGAGGGAGGCGCCACCAUGACCUUCUUUAAGAAGACGAAGAUCUCCACCUACGACAAGAUGUGGGAGUUCAUGAACAGCCGGCGCCAGUCGGUGGUGGUGAAGAGCGUGGACGACGGCAUCCACCGCGUGCUCACGUCCGACUACGCCUUCCUCAUGGAGUCCACCACCAUCGAGUUCGUCACGCAGCGCAACUGCAACCUCACGCAGAUAGGGGGCCUCAUCGACUCCAAGGCCUACGGAGUCGGCACGCCCAUGGGCUCUCCGUACCGGGACAAGAUCACCAUCGCCAUCCUGCAGCUGCAGGAGGAGGGCAAGCUGCACAUGAUGAAGGAGAAGUGGUGGCGUGGGAACGGCUGUCCCGAGGAGGAGAGCAAGGAGGCCAGCGCCCUGGGCGUGCAGAACAUCGGCGGCAUCUUCAUCGUGCUCGCCGCCGGCCUCGUGCUCUCCGUCUUCGUGGCCGUCGGCGAGGUGCUCUACAAGUCCAAGCAGAACGCCAACGUCGAGAAGAAGUCCUUCUGCAGCGCCAUGGUGGACGAGAUCCGCACGUCCCUCAAGUGCCAGCGGCGUCUCAAACAGAAGCCGCAGCCGCCUGUCAUCGUCAAGACCGAGGAGGUCAUCAACAUGCACACCUUCAACGACCGACGACUGCCCGGCAAGGAGACCAUGGCAUGA